AUGCUGGCAGGUCAGAAACACCAGCAGUGUCUGCAGCUGGAGUUCCGUACAGACAUGGGGGCAAAGAUGCUGUUGCCCAUUGCUCUGGGGCUGGCCCUGUUGAGUGGCCUCCAAGCAGUAGCUCCCACUGGCCGGGAAUUCAUCACAACCUUCUUGCAAAACUACAAGCUGGACUAUCCACAGGCGAAGUUCCAGCUCUUCAUUUCUGGCUACUCACAGUCCACCACUGUCACCAUCUCCAUCCAAAAAUCCCUUUUUAAGAGGGAUCUUUCCCUCACCAAGGGGCAGACUGUGGUAGUGAACAUACCAGUCUUUGCUGAGAUGGCUGGCACUGCUAAAUUCUGCAACACUGUCUGGGUAAGAGCUAAUCAAGACAUCUCAGUGCUGGCUCUCAACUCAAAGAAAAAUUCAGCUGACACCACUAUUGUCUAUCCGGUCCACCAUUUAGGUGUGGAAUACUAUGUGUUCACACCUCCCGGAGAGCUGCCAAAUUCGUACAAGGAGUUUUCUGUGAUUGCCUGGCGUGAUCGCACUGCAGUGGAGAUCCAUCUCAAGGGGAGUGUGAGAUUCCAGGAGCGUGUCUACCCAGCAGGCAGCAAGCUGAACGUUGUCCUUCCACCCUAUGAAGCCGUCCAGUUCCAGAGCCGGCAAGAUCUCUCUGGCACUUUGAUCAGAGCAGCAAAGCCAGUAGCAGUGCUCAGUGGUCACACCUGUGCCCAUAAGAACACCAACUGCAACCAUGCAGUGGAACAGCUGCAACCAGUGUCUAGCUGGGGCCGGGUUUUCUUUAUCCCCCCUCUCUCAUUCCAGACGAACUAUGACCUUGCAUAUGUAGUUGCAUCCCAGACCACUGUAAUCACUUACACUGCUCAUGGGAAGCAUAUGAACUAUAUCCUCACUGCAGGACAGGUGCUUCAGUUGAAGGUCUCAGGUUCCAGCCCGAUCUACAUCAUGGCCAACGUGGGUAUCCAAGUCUUCUUCUUUGGCACAGGUGGCACCUACUCUCAUCUCACCUUUGACUCUUUCUUUUUGAGUGUCCCUGACGUCCCCAGCUAUUGCACCUCCUACUCUCUUGGUAGCCACACAGGUUUUGAGAAUUAUGCCCUCAUCAUUGCGAAGACUGUUGCCACCAGUGGGAUCACCAUGGACGGCCGCUCCUUAGCUGGUGUCUCUUGGAGACCGAUUCAAGGGACAGAGUAUUCCUGGAGCGAGUACAGCCUCGGGAAGGAUGGAGGUGCCCAUACCAUGACGCAUCCUAGCAGCCCCUUUGGUCUGCUAAGCUUGGGCAUUGCUGAACGGAAUGCUUAUGGUGCCACAGGCCUCUGCCAAGGGGAUGUUCAGCCUUCGGUCCCGCAAGCUUCCUGCAGUUCUAUCCAGUGUCGGAAGAAGGAGACUUGUCAAAUGGUGGAUGGGCAACCAAGGUGUUUAGCCCAGUCUGCUGCCACCUGCUGGGCCCUGGGUGACCCUCAUUAUCGGACUUUUGAUAAGCAUACAUACAACUUUAUGGGCACCUGUACCUAUACUCUGGCCAAGACCUGCGGUCCAGACACAACUCUUCCCGUCUUCCAUGUUGCAGCCAAAAAUGAGAUCCGGGGCAGGCUGAGUGUGUCCUACAUUGGUCUGGUGAUGGUCCGGGUCUACGGCUAUGACAUAACUGUGGCCAGAAAGGAGUAUGGCCUCGUCAGGGUGAAUAACCAACGUUCCCGGCUGCCCAUUUCCCUGCAUGAGGGCAAACUGUGGCUCUACCAGAGAGGCACUUCUAUUUUCAUUGAAACAGACUUCUUCUUGAGAGUCUCCUAUGACUGGAACAGCCAAGUGUUGGUGCAAAUCCCCAGCAGCUUCUCUGAGAACGUUUGUGGCCUCUGUGGUAACUACAAUGGAGACCCUGCUGAUGACUUCAGGACCCCAAGUGGGUCUUUGGCCUUGAGCCCUGCAGAAUUUGGCAAAAGCUGGAAGCUGGAGGAUGGUGAUAAAAUGUGCUGGGAUGAUUGUCAUGGAGAGUGCAAGAAGGUCACCCUGGAGAUGAUAAUCAAAUAUAAGGCUGAAUCUUUCUGCGGCUGGCUCAGCAAAAGAGAAGGUGGCCCAUUCAGCCAAUGCCACUCUGUCAUUGAUCCCAAGAUCUUUGUGGAAAACUGUGCCUAUGAUCUCUAUAUCUAUGAAGGCCACCGAGAGGUUUUGUGCCAAGCGCUGAAAAAUUAUGCAGAUGCCUGCCAAAGUGAAGGAGUGCCUUUGUCUGACUGGAGGAGACUCACUGGCUGUUCUCUUUCCUGCCCUGAAAAUAGUCAAUACAAGCUCUGUGGGUCUGCCUGUCCUGCCACGUGCAACGACCAAGCUCUUCCUGGCACCUGCUCUUCUUCGCGAUGUGUGGAGACCUGCCAGUGUAAUGAAGGCUUUGUGCUGGAGUCUGGGAAAUGCAUUCCGAAAGCAGCCUGCGGGUGUGUUUUCGAGGGUCGCCUGUUGGCUCCCAAUGAGCAGUUCUGGGGGGACAACACCUGCACAAGACGCUGCACCUGUGAUCCGCAGAGCAAGCAAGUGCAAUGUCAGACAGCCAGUUGCCAGGAUGGGGAAGAGUGUAAGGUCAAGAAUGGCAUCCAGAGCUGCUACCCCACUGGCUAUGCCACCUGUUCUGCCUUUGGUUAUUCUCACUACCAUACCUUUGAUGGGCAGAGCUUUAACUUCCAGGGCACCUGUCUCUACACAUUUGCUGGGCUCAGCAAGAAGAGCCAAGAUUUGACAGAUUUCCAGGUCUUGGUCCAGCAUGCAGGCCAGGGUGGUUGGUCCCUGUCCCUCAACAAACUGGUUAAGGUUCAAGUCUAUGGCCUGGAGAUCUCUCUCAGCUGGGCUUAUCGAGGAAGAAUUAUGGUGAACGGCUUGCUGACCAACUUGCCCUACAGAGUAGGUGCCAACCAAAUCCUGAUCUACCCACAAGGCUGGCAUACUGUGAUCCAAACAGAUUUUGGCCUCACCGUCACUUUUGAUGGGCAAAGCCGUCUCACAGUCACGGUGCCGAAAACCUACCGAGGUGCUCUUGCUGGUCUCUGCGGCAACUUCAAUGGAGAAAAACAAGAUGACCUGAAAUCUGGAGACAUGGGGCCAGUCUCAAAUUCAAUAGCCCUGGGCCAGCACUGGAAGGUGGCAGAGUCUCUGGGAUGUGCAGAAGUAAGCCAAAGCGUUUGUCCAGAUCUGGAAAGCAUUGGUGGCCAUCAACGAGGCAGUAGAAUGGAAUGUGGAAUCCUUGUGGACAACGGUGGCCCGUUUAGGGAAUGCCAUGGCCAUAUCGAUCCAGAAGUCUUUUUCUUGGACUGUGUAUAUGAUUAUUGCACAUUCAAUGGUCAGAAGGCAGUGCUGGGACAUGUCAUCGCAGCUUAUGCUGCAACCUGUCAAGCUGUUCAGGUUACCAUUUAUAGCUGGAGAAUCGACAUAUUCUGGAAGCACGUCUGUCCCCGGAAUAGCCACUACGAACUGUGUGCCCAGAGUUGUCAACAGACCUGCCAGAGCCUCUAUUCCCCCCUGCCUUGCUCCACACACUGCACUGAAGGCUGCGUCUGUGAUGAGGGCUUUGUACUCAGCGGCGAUCGUUGUGUCUCCGUGGCUCAGUGUGGCUGUGUCCACCAGGAACAGUACUAUUCCGCCGGGCAAACCUUCUACCCAACUAACAAGUGCAACGUGGAAUGUAUAUGUCAUGCUGGCGGAUCCGUCGUAUGCAAGGAGUCAUCCUGUGGCCUCAACGAGGUGUGCAGGGUGGUGGGUGGCAUCUGGAAGUGCCACCCGGUUGGUUCGGCCACUUGCUCUGCCUCUGGGGAUCCUCAUUACAUCUCCUUCGAUGGAGUCCACUUUAACUUCCAAGGCAACUGCACCUACAUCCUUGCGAAGACAGACAGCACGGAUAAGAACCUGACCCCCUUUACCAUCAUGGAGGAAAAUGAAGCCUGGGGGAGUGGAAAAGUCUCAGUCACCAAGGUGGUGUCAGUAGAAGUCUAUGGGCUCACACUGACCCUGCUACAGAACAAAAGAGGAGUGAUCAAGGUCAAUGGAAUAUUCCAGUCUCUUCCCAUAGUUCUUUCUGAUGGACAUCUUAGAGCCUAUCAGCAUGGCACUAAAGUCCUGAUAGAAACUGGCUUUGGACUCAUUGUCAGCUAUGAUCUGGUCUAUCGCGUGAGGGUCACCAUCCCGGGCUCUUACCAGGGCCAGACGCAAGGCCUGUGUGGCAACUACAAUGGGAGGAAGGAUGAUGAGUUCCUGCUCCCUGAUGGAAAGAUUGCCUCUGAUGUGGCUGCAUUUGGUGCCGCCUGGAAAGUGCCCGUCCCCGGGGCUGAUGGCUCCUGCUCAGACGGAUGCUCUAGGAGCAACUGCCCGGUUUGUGAAGAAAGGAAGGAGGAGGUUUUCAAACAGCGCAACUAUUGUGGGAUCCUCACAGCCUCCGACGGCCCCUUCAGACAUUGCCACAGCAAGGUGGACCCCAGUGUGUACUUCAACGACUGCAUCUAUGACCUGUGCCUGGGCAACGGGGACAGCCAGGCCUUAUGCCAGAGCAUUGAGAACUAUGUUUCUGCUUGCCAAGAGGCUCAAGUCCCUGUGCAACCCUGGAGGACUCCAUCCUUCUGCCCUCUGAGCUGCCCUCCAAACAGCCACUAUGACGUCUGUGCUGAUCUCUGUUCUGCUCAUUGUGCCGGAAUCACGGACUCCAGAGACUGCCCCGACACUUGCGCAGAAGGCUGCCAGUGCGAUGACGGAUUCUUCUUUGACGGACUUGGCUGUGUCACAGUCGAGAGUUGUGGAUGCUCUGGGAAUGGAAGCUAUUAUAAGCCCAAAGAGGAGAUCCUAUUGAACGAAUGCCAGCAACUCUGUCACUGCAUCUCAGGCCAAGGGGUCGUCUGCAAGCCCCAUAGCUGCUCCAGUGAUGAGAUCUGCAAGGUCCAGGAUGGGAUCAUGAGCUGCGUUAACAAAGAUCCUUGCAAAACACUGAAGUGCCGGACGAAAGAAACCUGUAAAAUGGAGAAUGGCAGACCACGAUGUGUUCCAGAUUACAACGAGACCUGCUAUGGUUGGGGAGACCCGCACUAUCACACAUUUGAUGGGCUGGACUUCAGCUUCCAGGGCACUUGCACUUACACCAUUGCCAAAUAUUGUGGUGAUGAUGCCACACUGGUGCCGUUCACUGUGGAUGAGAAGAAUGAUAACCGGGGCAGCCAAGCUAUUUCUUAUGUGAGACUGACAAACAUUAACGUGUAUGGGUAUAACAUCUCCAUCCAUAGGAAGGAAGUUGGCAAAAUUCGGGUGAAUGGUGUCAUCACCAGCCUGCCUGUGACGCUGGAGGAUGGGAAGAUACAGCUCUUCCAAAGUGGCUUGACAGCUGUGCUGGAAACAGACUUCGGUCUGGUGGUGUCUUAUGACUGGACUAUGAUGGUGGAGAUCACUCUGCCCAGCAGUUAUUACGGCGCCAUCUGUGGCCUGUGUGGGAAUUUCAACCAAAACCCAGAUGAUGACAUGGUGACCCUCUCUGGGAACAAAACUUCUUCCGUGGUGGAGUGGGCCGGGAGCUGGAAAGUGCCAGACCGUGACCCUUUCUGCUGGCAUUUCUGUGAGGGGAACUGCCCCACGUGUGAGGGGAGCAAACGCCAGCUCUUUGAAAGCGAGGAGUUCUGUGGGCUGAUCAGUAAAGUGGAGGAAGGUUCCUUCCGGGAAUGUCACCCGAAGCUGAAUCCAGACCGCUUCUUUGAUAACUGCAUCUACGAUGUCUGCCUGAACGGUGGGGCCAAGAAUAUCCUGUGUCAAGCCCUGGAUGCUUACGCCACCAGCUGCCGCAAGGAAGGUGUAGUGAUCCGUGAGUGGAGAGAACAGAGUGGCUGUGCUCUCUCUUGCCCAGAGAACAGUCACUACGAGGCCUGUGGCAAUGCCUGCCCGGCCAGCUGCUCCGACCGGUCUGCUCCCGCCACUUGCUCUAAGCCCUGUGUCGAAACCUGCCAAUGCAAUGAAGGCUAUGUGCUGAGCACCGACAAAUGCGUCCCCGUGGAGAGCUGUGGCUGCACCCACAAUGGCCUUUACUACAAGCCAGAGGAGGAAUUUUGGGCUGACGAGAAAUGCGGCGUUCGUUGCCGCUGUGAUCCCAGCCUGGGCAUGGUGGUGUGCCAACCAGCCAGCUGCAAGGCUAGCGAAAGGUGUGUCACCGUUGACGGGAUACGGGGCUGUCACCCCACCAGCUACGCCACCUGUGCCACGACUGGCGGCUAUCACUUUGCCACCUUUGAUGGGAAGAGAUAUGAUUUCACUGGCACUUGCGUCUACCAGUUGGUUGGCCUCUGCUCGGAGGAUCCUUCUCUCACGCCAUUCACCAUCAAGAUCCAGAACAGCCAGGGCGGUGCAGUCAUGCCGUUGUCUUCCGUAAUUACCAUGGAAGUCUACAAUAGGACCAUUGUCAUCAGCCAAGAGCAUCCACGAUCAAUCCAGGUAGAUGGAGUCUUUGUAGACUUGCCUUUCUAUGAUCAAGACAAGGUAAAGGCCUACAUCAGUGGAACUCAUGUCCUUGUGAAGACCAAGUUUGAUCUUACGGUGGCUUUCAGCUGGAACAGACUCAUCUACAUCACAGUUCCCAGAAGCUAUCUCAACGCAGUGUGUGGCUUCUGUGGCAAUGACAAUGGGGAACCUGAUGAUGAUCUGAUAAUGAAGGAUGGGCUCCCGGCUCCCAGUGUUCUCCAGUUUGCUGAAAGCUGGAAGAUAGAAGAUACUCCUGGUUGUGUGAAUGGAUGCACAAGCAAUUGUACAGUGUGUAAUGAAGCACAGAAACAAACCUACCAACAUAACCAGUACUGUGGGAUCCUCUCCAAAAGGGACGGGCCAUUCAGGCAGUGCCAUGAUGCCAUUGACCCAGCACCCUACCUUGACAACUGUGUCUCUGAUGUCUGUCAGUCCAAGGGACACCAUGACACUCUCUGCAAUGCCAUCAGUGCCUAUGUGAUAGCUUGCCAAGCUCAGGGCAUCCAGAUUGAGCAAUGGCGCUCAGCCUCGUUCUGCAGUCCAUCUUGCCCACGUAACUCACACUAUGAUCUCUGUGGGAAUGGCUGCCCUGUCACCUGCCAUGGCCUCUCGGCUCCCGAUGGCUGUGCGAUGUCCUGCAGGGAAGGCUGCUACUGCAAUGCCGGCUUCGUCCUGAGUGGAGAUCGAUGCGUCCCCAUCGGGGACUGCGGUUGUGUAUAUCAGGGAAAGUACUAUAAGAAGGGAGAUCAGUUCUUCUCCACACCUUCCUGCCAGGAAAGAUGCCAGUGCAGAGACAAUGGAGCAGUGGAAUGCCACAAAACAACCUGUGGGGCACAAGAGGAAUGCAGGGUGGAGAAUGGUAUCCAAGGUUGCCAUCCCGUUGGCUGUGGCAAAUGCAGCGUGAUUGGAGGAACCUACCUGACCUUUGAUGGACAGAUCUUCAGCUUCCCAGGUUCCUGUUCUUACACGUUGGCCAAAGUCUGCAGCAGUGAAAGUGGGCUUGCAAGAUUUUCAGUGGUGAUUGAGAAUGAAAGCUUUGGAAAAGGCAAAGUUGGGUCAAAGACGGUGGUAAUCACUGUCCACGGUUAUGUCCUCACUCUCGCGAAGGGCAUGACCUGGGAAGUCCUGGUGGAUGGAGAGGUCUACGCCCUGCCAGUGGUGAUAGAGAAGAAACGAGUUUGGGUAAACCAAGAGGGGAAGAAUAUUGUGGUCCAGACAGAUUUUGGCCUCAAGGUCCUCUAUGAUUCCUCCCACCAUAUCCUGGUGGAUCUCCCCACCACUUAUCAAGGACAUGUGUGUGGCCUGUGUGGAAACUUCAAUGGUGACAGGACAGAUGAGUUCCAACUGCCCGAUGAAACGAGCACCAGGAACGUGACAGAAUUUGGAGCAUCUUGGAAGGUCUCUAGUAACGAUGCCGACUGCUCCGAUGGCUGCAGCGAGAGUUGCCCCUUGUGCAAAUCCAUCAGGAUGAGGCCAUAUCAGGAUGAGGCCUUUUGUGGGUUGAUCCAAGCUGAAUCGGGUCCUUUCAGUGACUGCCACCGCCUGGUGAAGCCUGCUGAGUAUUUUGACCGCUGUCUCUACGAGAUGUGUGCUGCGGAUGGGGCAAAGGAGAGCCUGUGCCAGAGCCUUCAGGCCUACAUGGCUGCAUGUCAAGCAGCUGGAGCUAACGUUGAAGUCUGGAGGACAUCCUCUUUCUGUCCCCUCACCUGCCCAGCCAACAGUCAUUAUGAACUGUGCACCAGGUCCUGCGAUAUCAGCUGUGCUGGCUUAUCCGCUGCCCCACAAUGUACCACAAAAUGUUUUGAAGGCUGCCAAUGUAACCCAGGCUAUGUGUCGGAUGGACGAGGCUGUGUGCCUAUGGAGGAGUGUGGCUGCAUGCACGAGGGACGCUACAUCAAGGCUGAGGAAACUGUCAUCUCCAAGGACUGCUCUGAGAAAUGCUCCUGUCACGCCUCUGGCCGUCUCCUCUGUGAAAGAAUCAGCUGCAGGAAAGGGGAGACGUGUGCCCUCAAGAAUGGCGCCCGGGGCUGUGUGAAGCAGGAAGGCCAGUGUACACUGACUUUAGGAGCCCAGCUCACCACUUUUGAUGGUGCCUCAGGAGAGAUUCUCUACCAUGGAGCCUAUGAGGUGGCAUCUCUCUGUGACGCCAUGUCCCGUGACUGGUUCCGGGUGGUGGUGGAUGUGAGAGACUGUGGCGAGGGUGAGAUGACAGCUGGGGCCGCAGUCUAUGUCUUCUUCCGAGAGGCCUUUAUUGCCAUUAACAGGAACAAGGAGGCUUGGGUGAAUGGCCAGCCGGUACAGCUCCCAACAGUCAUCUCUGGAAUUGUGUCUGUGAGUCUCACCGAGGAGGUGGUCUCCAUCAGCCGUGGAACUGCUCUUCAGGUUCUCUUUGGCCUCCAAGGGGAAGUGACAGUGAAAGUCAAAGACAGUCUGGCAGGCAAACUCUGUGCAUCCUGUGGGAACUUCAAUGGUGACAGCUCCGAUGACCUGAUACUACCCAAUGGGAAGGUUGUGGAGAAUAUUGCUGAGGUUAUUGAUGCAUGGAAAGCCCGAGACUUUCUCAGCUGGUGA